AGAUCUUAGCUAAAACACAUGAAUAAUUAAGAAUUUUACUGCGAGCUGUUGCUCAACUAGCCAAUUUUUCCGUGUAUACCUAGAAAUAUAGAAAUAAUUCAAGAAAUUUUUGUAUACCUACCGAACUGACUUAACCUAGAUUGUUAAUGUUUUCUCCGCUUAUAAGUUCUCAGCUGCAAAAUAGAAAUUUAGUUUAUGCCCAACGACAUAAUUAUUAUUAGGAAUUAUUUCAAAUGCACUUAUUUUUAGUCAGUAUCAAAGUUUAACCGUAAGUAAAUCAAAGGAUGACACGAAGAGAAAGUUUAUUAGUUUUAAAUAUUUCGAUUCACUGUAAAAUAUGGUAAUGUUAUAGAAAAGUGUCGCCUAUUUUUUAUAUUUAAAUUAUUUCAAAUUGAAGAAGAGUGUCUUUCAAAAUGAGUGGUUUAAAAACAGAAACUGGCGGUGGUCAAAGCAUCCAGUUAUCCCUAGUGGGUAAAAAUUUACUUUGUGGUGGUAUAGCUGGUAUGGUAUCAAAGACUACAGUUGCCCCUUUAGACCGAGUGAAAAUUCUUUUGCAAGCACAUAACCAUCACCAUGAAAAUCAUGGUGUUUUUAAUGGUAUAAAACAUAUUAUUAAAAGAGAAGGGUACAUUGCUCUCUAUAAAGGUAACGGAGCACAAAUGGUUCGAAUAUUUCCUUAUGCUGCAGCUCAAUUUACAUCAUUCGAAAUCUAUAAGAAAUAUUUAGAUGGUAUAUUUGGUCAGAAGUCCCAUAUCGAUAAAUUCCUUGCAGGAGCAGCUGCAGGUUUGACAGCAGUUCUAUUGACAUAUCCUUUAGAUACGGUUAGAGCGAGACUAGCUUUCCAAAUAAGUGGUGAGCAUGUAUAUACAGGAAUCUUGCAUACUGCAGUGUCCAUAUUCAAAGAUGAAGGCGGCGUUCGUGCCCUCUAUAGGGGCUUUACACCAACUCUGAUGGGUAUGGUACCUUAUGCCGGGUUGUCGUUUUAUUGCUUUGAGUACCUGAAGUUUGGCUGCAUCAAGUAUUUACCGGAUUGGACCACUAGACCGUGCCCCAAAAACACAGGUGGCAUAGUGUUAACCAUUCCCGCCAAACUAAUAUGCGGCGGCUUAGCCGGCGCAGUAGCCCAAAGCUUCAGCUACCCCCUGGACGUGACAAGGAGACGGAUGCAGCUUGCCAUGAUGAAACCGGAAACGCACCAUCUGGGCGAGGACAUGUUCAAGACGCUCAAGCACAUCUACAGCGAUCACGGCAUCAUCAAAGGCCUGUUCAGAGGCAUGUCAAUUAACUAUAUGAGAGCUAUACCAAUGGUGGCAGUGUCUUUCUCCACCUACGAACUGAGCAAACAAUUGUUGGGAUUGGACACUGGUUUGGUGGUAUAAUGAAACGAAAUAGACACACAAUGAGGUAUGGUUGGAGAGAUUUCGAGAAUCAUACAUAGUCUAAUUAAUUCAAGUACCGAGUCUGGAUCUAGCGAUUUUGGUCGAAAUUCGUUUAUCCAGUUUUAGUUAGAUUUUAACUACUCUGUUAUGUGUCAGUGAAUAUUAUUACAUUCCUUAUGUUUUUGUAUAAAUAUAUCUAAUAAAAAUCUAGAUCUGAUUUCGAAUUGGCCCCUGUCUUGAUUUUAUCGUUUUUUCUUUUUUACUCAUUGAAUUUUCUUAAACUAAUAAAUAUAAAUACAAAUUAUCAUUAAAGCUGACAACACUGAAGAAUAUCGACAACCCAUUGACUAAAAAAAACACUAGGAAUUUUAUGUGAGUCAGUGAGACAAGCUGAUGAAGAUAAGUUGGUACUGUUUUAAACCAAAUAUUAUAAU